GGCUCUUAUCAACACCGUUUUUUGCAUUAUUCAUCGGUUUCUGGAGUAAUUUAGUGGAGUGGAAAAUAUAUUAACAUAAAUAUACGCCUCGAAAACGCUGUGGAACGAAAGUGGUUGCUGCGAAUCCUACGCCGGCGGAACAAAACUUUCCCGGGGUCAUUUCUCCAUAACUAGAACUGUCAACUCGACCGCUGAUUCUGGUUUUUUGCUUGCGUUCUUGUGUGUGGAGAUUGAAAAAAAAACCAGAAGACCGUCCACCCCCGCUGAUUAUCCUGGCUACACGAUCGUCCCUCUAGUUGGAUUCCCCGUCGCACCUGUGAUCAAAGAAGAACGCCCAAUCUUAUCGGAAAAUCAGUGCCAACUCGAGCGACCAAGCGGAGUGGUGGUGGGUGCGGCAAGUGAUUAUGUUUUCCUUCCCUGCAACGUGUGCAAUCAGCUACCACCGUUGCUGCUAAGGUUGCGCCAUCCGAGGAAGGUUCCUCAUCGGUAUAAACUAGCCUUCUAGCCGAACUAGCGACCAUGGCCGUGUCACGCUUCCGCUACAGCAGCAGACAUCCGCUGAUCGCCACGGCCGGCGUGCUGGCACUGCACUGGUUCACGAUCGUGAUGGGUGUGGAUGUGGCAUCGGUCGCACUGAAAUUGAUCGACGAAGAAGCGUGCUCGCAGCUGAAAACCCUGUGCCCAAAAAUUCCCGCCACCGCGGAAGACCUGAAAGCGCUCGAGUGCGUCCGUUCGCUGCCCACGGAUCAGAUCGAAACGCUAGGACCGGAAUGCCAGCACCUCAUCUGGACACACACUUCCGCCCUGAUGGACGAUGCCAAUCUGAAGCGCAUGAUUCAGCACGGUUGCCCCAAGGAUUUCGCCCAAUUCCCCUGCGAGCCGUCCGGUGAACCGGGCCAGUACCUAGCCUGCAUCAUCGAUCACCAUCAGGUUGCCAAGGGCAACGGGUGCAUCGGCUACAUUCAGCGGCUCGAGUGGGUUGCCUUUUCCGAUUACCGGCUCAUUCGACAAUUCUUGACCGACUGUUCGCAGGAUAUUGAGGCGCUUGGUUGUGGUCGCGUCUCGGCCGGCAAAGAGAAGGUUUCACAAGGCGAGACGGUUGCCUGCUUGCAGAACUCGUUGGACAAUCUGAAUGGCAAGUGUAAGCGACAGGUGCUGCACCUGUCGGAGGUCCAGUCGGAGGACUAUAAGCUUGACCGGCAACUGUACUUGGCGUGCGCGAACGAUGUCUUUCGCUUCUGCCAAUCACCGAACGGGCAGGGACAACCGGCAGGCCAACUGUUGAAGUGCCUAGUGAAGCACCAGAACGAUGCGGACAUGUCGAAGGCAUGCCAGCAGCAACUGAUCCGUCGCGAUCGGCUGGUAGUGCACGACUACAAGGUUUCCCGCGGGUUAACCCGUGCCUGCAAGGAAGACAUCAAAACGUACCGGUGCCGGCGUGGCGUUUCCGACGAUAAGGAUGUACGGUUGGCGCAGAUUUUGCUGUGCCUCGAGGCGGUACAGAAGAACAGCACCAAGCUGAUGCCGGAGUGUGUGGCUGAGAUAAACGAUCACCGGCGGAUGCUGCUGACGGAUUAUAAGCUAUCGCCCGAAAUACUGACUGGAUGUGAGGGCGAUAUCGAAAAGUUUUGCAGCAAUCUGGAUGCCGGUGGUAAGACGAUCCACUGUUUAAUGGAGCACGCGCGUGCCAGGAAGAAGAAAGAGCGGCGCGUGACGGAUACCUGCCUUAGGGCACUGGAAACGCUGGUCAAGAUAACGGAUGUUGGCGAAGAUUGGCGCGUGGAUCCCGUGCUGCGGAAGGCCUGCAAACCCGUGGUCGACAUCGCCUGCGCCGAUACGGAUGGUGGCGAUGCGCGGGUCAUGUCGUGUCUGAUGGAGAAGCUCGGUACGAACUACAUGAACGUGGAGUGUGAAUCGGCCCUGCUGCAGAUCCAGUACUUUGUGGCACGUGACUUCAAGCUCGAUCCCCAGCUUUACCGGAACUGCAAGGAAGAUGCUAUUCGAUUCUGCAAGGCAAAGAAAAGCUGGGCUGAUCUCGAUACGGCUCAGAUGGAUCCGGAGCGAGGACCACUUAUACUACCCUGUCUACAUCGGUACGCGUACCCGGAGCGCGACGAAUCGUUACGGUUACGGCCCGAGUGUCUGCAGGAGGUGAAGCGCGUGAUGCGUCAGCGAGCCAAAUCGGUCGAUUUGAUCCCGGAAGUGGAGGACCAAUGUUUGGACGAUUUGGCCUACUUCUGCUUCGAUAAGACGGGUCGUGGUGAGGAGAUGCAGUGUUUACAGGAUAAUCUGGAGAAACUGCAGGAUCCGUGUAAGGCCGCCGUGACCCGGUACACCGAGGAUGAGGCAGCUCACGUCGAGCUGAACCCGAUCAUCAUGACCGUGUGUGGUGGUGCAAUGGAACGGCACUGUGCCAACAUUCUGAAGACGGGCCGGGACGAGGGCGAAAUGAUGGAAUGCUUGAUCGCCGCUAAAAACACGCCCGAGCUAAGGGAUGACGUCAAGUGUCGGGCCGCGAUUGAGCAUUUUCAGAUUAUUUCGCUGAAAAAUUUUCAUUUUACCUUCAAGUUUAAAGAAGCGUGCCGGCAGCACGUGUCCCGAUUCUGUAGCAAAUGCACUACAAAAUACGAAGUUGUGGCUUGUCUGAGCGAGGUCAUGCGCAACGAUACGCUACGCGAGACGAAACACUCGAUACCGAAGGAGUGCCGGCAACAGGUCCGCGCCCAGCUGUACCAGCAGCGCGAAAACAUUGAUUUCGAUCCGAAGCUUAAGGCUGCCUGCAAGGCCGACAUCGAACGUCACUGUUCGCAGAUACCGCAUGGUUCGGGACAGGUGAAUAAGAACAAUGUACUGGAAUGCUUGCAAACGCAUCAUGGUGAUCUGACGGAGGAUUGUCAACAUCAGCUGUUUGCGAUAAAAAAAUCGGAGCUUACCGACAGCUCGACGGAUUACACGCUGAUCAACACGUGCCGCGACAUGAUUCGCCAGUAUUGCCACGAUACCGAGCAAUCGAAGCUGCUGCAGUGCCUGAAAAUGCACAAGGACGAAUCACUGUUCGAUGAUCGGUGUCAUCUGGUGGUCGUGAAUCGUAUGAUCGAGCAGAAUCUAGAUUAUCGCUUCAAUCCGGCCCUACAGGCCGCCUGCUCGCGCAAUAUAGCCGAGUUCUGUACGCAAAUCGUACGUAACGCUCGCCAGAAUGAGGAACUGAACGGGAAAGUGAUCGAUUGUUUGAAGGGAAAGUUCCGCGAAGGCCGUCUGCUGCCCGAGUGUGAGAAACAGAUGACGGAGGUUCUGCACGAGCGGGCCCUGAACUACAAGCUGAACCCAUUGCUGCAGAGCGUUUGUCAUGAUGAGAUACAGGUCCUGUGCAGUGCACCGGUGGCCGACACGGAGACAACGAACGAGGAUCAUGGGGCCGUCGAAGAAUGUCUGAAGCAGGCCUUCACCGACAAGAAGCUCAUCAACAGGGCCUGCAAGGUGGAGGUAUCUGAGCUGAUACAGGAGGGCAAGGCGGACAUCUAUGCGGAUCCGUUGUUGCAGCGUGCUUGCUCGGUGGAUCUGUUAAAGUACUGUUCGCAUAUCGAGAGUGGCAGUGGUCGCCUGCUAAAGUGUUUGGAGGGAAUCCUGGAAGGCGAAAGUAAGGCAUUGGAAGACGACUGCAAGAGUAAGCUGUUGUCUCGAUUGGAGAUGUUCCGUAAUGCAGCAGCGUUUGUACCGCCACCGGAAAGCAUCCAUCAGCUGUACGCUCAAGUGGUCAGUUCACCCUCCAAGCACUACUUCCUGCUCGUACUGCUCAGUUUCGUUGGUUUUAUUUUCCUCUUUGGGUUAUUGUGUGGCCGUGUGACGCACCGGACAAUGGCACUAAAGAACAAGUAAAAACCGCGCCAACCGUUUGGCUCGAUGCCGGCAAUGAAGCUGACAGUUUUUCUUUUCCCAUUAAAUUUACCUUCCCCAAAUUGUGACUGUGUUACUUAUGAGUUAAAUAAGCAUAUCGGUUCUUCCAAUGGGGGGAUCUACCGCAAAGAUUGUUUAGGGAUUGCUGUAGCCACAGUUUUAUGUGAUUUCUGUUCGCCGUAUGGCAGAGUGUCUAGCGUUCUAUGACCCGGAAUUUCUUUGAUGACACUAAUUCAGCCUUAUUUCCAGAAACUUAUUAUUUCUUUCGCGUGUCAGUAAAAAAAGAAAGGCUAAAAAGUGUGGCAAGUUCAGAUUCUGUGAAACAUUCUGGCCAGAACCGUGACAAGUAAUGCGUUUUAGCUGUUUUAUUAUUCAUCGCGAUUGAAGCACACACGCGCGCCGCAAGAUUAGGAGUUAGAAUUUCUUCGUAUAAAUGAAUCAUAGGCAAUUAAUAGCAGAACGAAAUGACAAGGGCGCCGUUUUGUAUUAUAUUAGUUAGUGUGUACAGAGUGCAAGAAGCAGAUUUUGGAGUGACAUCGUCAUACGAAACCAAUCAGAUCAGAGCGAUCGUCGUCACAGUCAUAGCACCAGUAGCAAAACGCAAACGCAAAAGCAAAAGCCCCAAUUAUAAGUGGGGCGAUUUUUCCCAUAGUCAUCGAGCAUGGAUCGGACGGAUAGCAGCGGCGCAUGAGCUCGGCGGUAGGACAUUGUAGUGAAACGUAAAGACUUUUUUAUAUAUACAUUGAGUGAACUUGACUGGUGCAUACGGAAACGAAAUUGUUACAGCGAACGAAGCGAUAUCAGCAUGCGUCCAUGCCUACAGAAAUCUACUUAGUGCAACAGGCUCGAUUAUGUCGACACAAUAAAUGAACAUCAAACGCGA